GGUACGGUCGCCAACGCUCGCUGAAAUGUUAUCGACCGUGGAGAGCUCAGACCACCUCGGAUAUCCUGUUGCAACGUGCCGGCAAGGUAUAAAGAUCUGAAAAUGAAUGGUGGGCUCCCUUAGAUGAUGAAUUAUUUUCCUAUCAUAGUGGUUUUAUUAGUCAUCAGAAGGGGCCAUGAAAAGCGAUGAUGAUCCGCCGACGCCUUCGUCUGAGGAGCAUCGCUCCGGAACGGAUGAAGAUAAAGCAGCAGUAGUCACCGUCCAAGCUGCUCCAAGCAUUUCAUGUGGAUGCGGAUCUCCGUCCUGCCAAUCUCUAGUCUUGGGCAGCCUGGCCUCGAGCAUCAAUGAUUUAUCUGUUGAAGCAGAGCAGCUAGAUCGGGCUGUGAGGAACAACGACACGUCGGUUGUUCGACGGAUGCUUGAGAUUCAUCACGGUCGUUUUCCUCUUAACCUGCACGGUAGCCUGCUGGAUAAAUCGAGCGAGGGGUCUCAGAGCGGAACCCAAGACGUAGAAAUUUUGUUACGAAAAUCGCAAACCUUCUUGGAGCGACUGGAGAGACGUGGCAGCUUAUCAUCCGAGCACGAACCGCCCCCUAUCUUUGCGAAUGCCCUUCAUCUGGCAGUCGAAUGCCAUUCUUUAGAUGUUGCAAGGCUGCUUUUAAAGUAUGGUGUCGACCCAAAUGAAUCGGGCAUUCCACCGUCCUCUUUUGAAAUUUGGAGGAGAGGUAGCUGUUCGGCCGCUUCUAACCACUUUUUGUCGCCAUGUUUCUUCCGUUUAUCAGCCAGCUCCAAGACGUAUGUUUGCACUCGUCAGUGCCUGGAUCCGUCCCUGAGGACGGUGUAUGUGACGUCAGAAGGCAAAAAUGUGUUUUAUGACGAACACUAUACUCGAGAAGCUUUAUACGUUCUUGCACCUCUGUUCUUAGCCGUUGCAGUGGGAAAUGCCACGAUGGUCCAUCUACUCUUAAAAUAUGGAGCAUCCCCUAAAGUACAGGACAAAUACGGCGUCACGCCUUUGCACCUUGCCACUUGCCAGCACAAAGUAUCUUGGUCUUGCAUACGCCUUUUAUUAGAAAGAGGGGCCAAAAUAGAAGCCCCAAAUAAGCAGGGCGUUUGCCCAUAUCAGUUAUUAGAUACAGAUCUUAGAUUAUUGCAAAAAUCUCUAGUUGAAGACGCAUUUAGUUGUUUCUUAGCGCAUCCUGUAGCUCGAGUUGAAGGAGAAGAGUCCUUUCUCAGUACUGGAAAUAGCUUUCGGAACUAUUUUCUGUUGAAACGCUUCCAGGACAAUAAAAGUUGUAGUCAUCAGUCGUCCAAGACGAAAGACAUAGAAGAAGAAGUUUCUCAUCAGGAAUCGACACACAGAAGUAGUCUUGAGAACAGUUCUCAUACAGAAGAUGAGCUUUCAGAUAAGGUUAUAAUUGAAUUCUUGGUAAUUUAUUAUGGCACCUUACAGUACAAAACAGCGCGUUAA